UGGCGGCACAGCAGACAUGGCGGACGCGUCUGAGCGCGUCCUGGAGUAUCUGGCGGAGGUGGAGGCAGCAGCGGAGGACGUUCUGACCACCAAGCAGCAGAUCGUGGAUCUGGACUCCAAGAGGAACAGGAACAGGGAGGCUCUGAGCGCGCUCCGACGGGAGCUGGCAGACACAGAGAAAGUGAAGGUCUGCUUUGGAAACAUGUUCAUCAAAUUCCCCAAAUCCAAGGCGAGAGAGAUGAUUCAGAGAGACCACGAGCAGCUGGACCGAGAGAUCAACGACCUGCACAAGGAGCUGAAGGCUAAAGUCAACCGUCUCAAUGAGCUGCAGGGCAAGCCGGAGCUGCGAGGCUACAGUCUGUCUCCGCUGUCGUCGGAGGAGAUCCGCGCCGUCAACAGCCUGCUGAAGGUCUGACUGCAGACGCCUCGGCGCUGCAGCUCCUGGAAACACCCUCCGCUCCUCACGCUGCGGUCUGGCUCCUCUGAAGCAGCCCCGCUGCUCUGGACGCGGUGAUAAAACGUGUUUUAAUGAACAGUAAAGGUUGCAGCUCUGGAGAUGGUUUUGCUGUAAACUCCUCUUUUUUCAUGUCGGUGUUUCUUCACUGCUCUCUGGGUUGAAGGUUCAAAUGAAGGAUGUUCCGGUCCAGAGGAGCGUUUCAAAGACCGAGCGGGUUUCAGUCAGGGAGGAAUAGUUUUGGACACUUUAUGUUCAGAUGUAAAUAAAAGCUGUUUUUCACUGA